AUGGAGACCAAGGUGCUGAUUGAUCCACAGCCCAUGGAUGACCUGAGGAUCGUGCUGUUUGGGAAGACCUGGGUUGGUAAAAGUACUCUGGGAGACAUCAUCAUGGGAAACACAGAGACUUUCACCUCAAAGGAUUUGUCCAAAGAUCGUACACAGAAAUCCCACAGCACUGUUGAAGGUCAAAAAGUGGUUGUUGUUGAUACUCCAGGUCUGUUUAAACCUGGAAAACAUGAAGAUGAGCUGGUGAAAGAGAUCAAGCGAUCCAUUGAUCUUGCCAGUCCUGGUCCUCAUGUGUUCCUGCUGGUGCUGAGGUUCGGUAUGAUCACCUCUGAAGAAUUAGAGGUACUGGAGGUUUUUGAGCGCACCUUUGGCAGACGUGCAUUGGCCUACACAACAGUGGUGUUCACCCAUAGAAAUGAAGAUGAAGAGUAUGAAGCUCACAUACAGGAGGCUAUGAUCGAGAGUAAGGAUUCCAGAGAACUCCUUGAGCGGUGCCAGUGGAGAUAUUUUGCUUUUAACAUUAAAGACAAAAGUCCUGCUCAGGUCACCGAGCUGCUGAAGAAGAUAACACCGAUGGGAAAAGAUUACUUCUACACUCCUGAGAUGCUCCAAGAGGCUGGAAAACCGGAAGAGCAGGAAGAAAAACCAAAAACAGAAGAAACAACAGGCAGGCGUGCGCUUCUGGAAAGGACUGGAUUGGUGGGAAUCAUUUUGGGAUCUGUGGGGGGAUAUUUACUUGGAGGUGGUGAGCUGACGUCUACAUCAGGAGCUUUACUGGGAGCUUUAGGGGGGUCAGUACUGUCGAUGGGAACAACAGCUUUAGUGAUGAAGGCCAAAAUGCUCACUGAUAAAUGCUGCAAAAAGUGAGGUUUUAGUCCUACUGGGGGAUUUUGAUUUAGUUACUCUCUUUAACCUGAGUUAAACACAUCUAAUUUUCAUAUUUCAGGAAGGGUUUUUAAGACAGAGUCAGUGGUUUGCAGAGUAAUUUACAGUGAAAUAAGUACUAACUACCACAGGUGCUUCAGUGUUGGUGGAGGGGAGAGCAACACAAUUACUGGGUACUUUCAUUACUGGGACACAAACCUGAAACAGAACAUUAUUCAGGUUUCCACCUGAUGAAAGUACCACUCACAGGAGACAAUGUCUCAUAAUAAUGACUCAUGUCAGGUGUGAAUAUAUCGCAGGAAGUGGACAGUCCUGAAACUUGAUCUACUUUGACCAGGACCAGAUGUUUAGCUGUGUUGGAGCAUCUAAAAGAAAGUCUGUGCGGCACUCAGCAGACAGUCCUGAGUAGGAGAACGACUGCGGUGUUUGGAUCUGCUGCUGAUGUCCCAGAGCUUGAUUGUACGAGAUUCCAACAGGAGCUAAAUGACUGGAGGCUCUGAGCUCUACGCUGUCACCGUGGGACCCCACCACGGCCCUGCCAGGUGCAAGCUUUUUGUACAUGAACACGUCAUCAUUGUACAUUAUUAUUUACAACUGAACAUCCACCAGGUCACCAGAGUUUAGGGUUCAGGUUUUAUAGGAGCCACAUGUUAAUAAAAAACUAGAAGAUGUUAGAUUUAGAUGAUGUUUCUAAUAUUUUGGCUUUACGAUUUUUCCUUUUGUGAGUCUGAAACAACUGAAACAGGAUAGAAACAGGUGGAGCCUAACUCUGGAUUUGCUGCAGUGACCUGUUGGAUGUUAAGUGAACUUUUAUCUUCAUUAACCUGUGACUGUUUUCAUAUCCAGUGCUGAUCUGUGAGAUAACACACAGUAAUGGCUUUCAAUGUGUUUUUGUGUGUUGGACAGUGGGACAGAUCGGUAAUCUAUCAGUUUGAUCAGAUUAGAUCCUGCUGGCCGUCACUGACUCUGUUCUACAUUCAUACAGUUUGUUCUCAUUUUAAAGGAUUUUGGGGUUUCAGGGUUUUCUUGUGUUUGUUCUCCUGGAUAAACUCCACUUUCUUACUUUAGGAGUUUCUACAGGACUGUUUCCUGAUCCAAAUGUAAAUGUGUGCUUCAGCUUCAGUGCAGACGGUUUUCACAUGUUUGUGGAUGGAAAAACGUUGGUGUCUUAAACCUGUAUAUUGAUAUAUAUGAUAUAUAUUGAUUUUGUGCCUGAACUUGUACAGAAAUACACAAGCCAUUACCUGUACUCUAAUAUGUAAUCCAAUAUUCAAACUCUUAUGGCAAUGCUAAUUUUAUUUAUAUAGGACAUUUCAUUCAAUGGAAACUGAAUGUGCAAAGAACAUAAAAACAUGCAAACCUGUGCAGGUUUGAUAUGCUUUAAGGCGGUGAACAAAUCAACAGUGUAAGCCUGUGAGAAAAGAAAGGUUUUGAAUGUACAACGAAUUGUAACUGAUCUCAGGUCAGCAGGCAGCUUGUUCCAAAGAACAGGACCACAAUAACUGAAAGCACCUUCACCAUACUUAGAUCUGAUUCUGGGAACAGUUCAAAGUUCUGACCCUGAUGACCUGAGAGAUCUGGGCUGUAGACAGUGAGCCGGUCAGUUAAACUGAGAGCUUCAUGAACUAGUAGAAGAAUUUUAAAGGUACAUCUAUAUCGAACUGGGUGCCAGUGAAGUGAUUUCAGCACUGAGACUGUGUCACGGUCCUGGGUCGGUGACACAGUUUUUUUUGUAUUAUUAUUUUUGAUCUUGGAUUUCAUCGUGGUGGUUUUUGACUUUUAGUGUUCUGAUCUCUGAUUUGGAUUUCUAGCACUCAAGUUCUUCUCUGUUCUGUAAAUUCUAGUUCUUAGGUUUUGUUCCUGCGUCCUUGUGUUCAGUGUAGGUUUAGUUCAAUGUCAGGUCUGUCGUGUGCUUCCUGUUUUACUUUGAAGGUUCGUGUCUCAUGUCAGUGUUUCUAGUUUUGCUUCCCUUGAUCUCACAGCUGUGCUCUCCUCCUGUGUCUCAUUCACUCGUUUUCCCUUCAGUGUAUUUCAGCCCUGUGUUUCCCUCUGUCAGUGUCGUGUCCUCUACGUUACCUGUGUGUUCCUCACUUGUUGUGGUUUGUCAGGUCACAUUAUGUCAUGAACCCCCAGUUUGGGUUACUCUUCCAAGUGCUCAUGUAUUGUGUUUCUUAGUCUGUUUGCCAGUGAAUAAAAGCUGCCGCCUAAAAGUUAAAUACUCUGUCUCAGAGUCCUGCAUUUGGAUCUGCCUCCCACACAGCUCACCGUGACA